AUGGAAGAACCGCAAUACACCGUCUUCAUCAGGGUGCCCAUCCCUCGUCGGGGCUUUGUCGAUCCAGCGCCGGUCAGCUGGGACGUCGCCAAAGAUGAGGCCCUGUGGAAGAUUCUCUCCGGACACAAGGAAAUUGACUGGAAUCUAGUAGCCGACCGAUUCGAAGUCCCCGUCGAUUUUCUAGUGCAGCAGGUAGCCUACCUCAACGAACGACAUCAGUCACACUUUCGCGCCCAAGUGAGAAAAGCAACCGCCGCGGUCAAGGGCUCUGCUACCCAGUCACCCAUACCCGGAGUCGAUUUAGCGGGUCUAGGCCAUCUGAGGACGCCGUCAGCUCUGUCUAUACGUCGCGAUGUGUCUGCGCUGCGCAAUGAGAGCGGCACGUUUGCAUCCAAUGCGCCGGCUCGCCCGACCAUGUCGCGCAACACCUCGGCGACCACGACGGUGAUGAGAGAUGGUGGAGGCGCAAUUCCUAGAAUGGGCAGCAAGCCUAGCCUCCGAGCAGCUGAACCAGGGCGGAAACGGCUAUCAUCAUUGCCAAUGGAAUCGCCAGUACCAAGAUCUCCAAGGUCUCCCGAACAGCCUGCUGCUGAAGUCGCCAAGGCGGAUUCUCCUGGCCCAGCCGAUAAUAGCUCAAGUUCCUCGUCCGACGAUGAGUCAAUGCCGGUUCAGUCUCGCAUCAUCCGUCGGCCGCCGCGAUUUGGGCAGCAGGAAUCAUAUCCUCCCGGCUAUCAACCCGAUGAGGAUGACGAAUCAGAACCUGCAUUUCAGCCGUAUAGUGCGCCAUUGUCGUCGCCUGACAUGUCGUCGACGUUGAAAUUGCAAGACCGGAAUAAGCCGAAGCGAAAUCAAAAGGCAGUUGCGAGAUCGCCCUAUCAUUCGCAAACCUCUGACUCGUCAGCUAGUUCACCCGCGGUGCUGCGACCAACAAAGACGAGAGAUGUCAAUCAUGCAUCCCCCGUGUCGCCUCGUCAAACUGCAGAGCCAGGAAGCAGUGAAGAAACCCAUAGCAUCAGUAGCAGCUUUAGCGACUUAGAUGAUGCGUCUGUCACGCGAUCCGCUAUGGAAGAAGCGUACGCCAGUAUGGCUCGUGACAGCACAAGUCGCUUUAGCAUCAGCAAUCCGUUUCGGAACCGCUGA